AUCUGUCAAUCAGUUGUCACAAAUAUUUUUAUUUUGUACAUGACGUAGUUAAAGGGCACUUUGUUUUCGAAAACAUUGAAAUCAUACCCCAUAUUAUUUACAACAAACACGUUAAAUGUGCAUUAAACAAUGGAACUAAACGGCGAAGUUUGCAAAAGCUUGGUGAAGUGGUUGCAAAUUUGCGUGCCGAACAGGACCAGAACGGUAGCGGAGAUUUGCGAUGGGGUGGCUAUGCUCGACAUCCUGAUGCAAAUAUCGCCGCAGUACUUCACGAAAUUGGAGCCGAAAAUUAAGAAAGAUGUGGGCACCAACUGGCGGCUGAGGAUCAGCAACUUGAAGAAGAUUUUGGAGGCUGUUAUCGAGUAUUAUCAGGACGAGCUGGCUUUGCAGCUGCUCGAAAUCGGACGGCCUGAUGUGAACAAGAUCGGGGAACUGAACGAUCCAAUUCAGCUUGGAAAGUUCAUCAUAUUAAUACUGGGAUGUGCAAUAAAUUGUGAUAAAAAACAAGACUACAUAACUAAAAUCAUGGAGAUGGAGGAGCAAGUCCAAAGAAAUAUAAUGAUAGCAAUACAACAACUUGAAGAAAUAUGCCCUGGAAGACCUGGUCAAAGUAUCAAUAAUAUAUUUGACAACGAUCCAACAAGAGUGGCAAGACUGAUGGCCGAACUGGAGUCAGCAAUUGAAGCAAAGGACCGCAUGACACAGGAAUGUCAAAAUUUGGAACAACAAAUUCAAAAUUUGCUGGAGGAAAAGAAGCAUCUCUUGUCACACAAUCAAGCUUUAAUUGAAAAGGAAUCCAGGGAUUCGGAUGCACGUAAAAAAAUUGAAAACCUAAAGGAAGAACUGUUGAAAUCGGAAGUGGUGAUCGAUAAUUUAAAUUCUAAACUGGAAAAUCAAAACAAACAGUUAACAGCAUACCAGGAGAAAAUUGCGGAGCUUCAGAUUGCAGCGAACGACUCGUCACGUUUGAAAGACGAGGUGGACGCUUUAAACGAAUCGGCCAGUAAAAUUGUGGACCUUGAACAAGCUGUACAAUCAUAUCAAAAAAGACUGGAAAAUUAUCAAGAUAUCAAAAGAGAAAAUCAAAUACUUGAGGAGAAAAACAGGGAGUACCUAAGGAAAAACCUGGAACUGGAGGAAGAAGUUAACAAACACAUAAGUUGGAAGAGCCAGUGCGAAGCGUACAAAAGCCAAGUGGCCGAAUUGCAGCAGAAACUGGAUGAAGAGCUGCAAAAGUCUGAGAAAGUACAAUUCAGUUACGGCUCGGUCAAAUCGAAACUGGAAGCCAUGCAAGGAGAACGCGAACGUCUCAUCCAGGAAAGGGACUUACUGAAAGAGGAGAACGAAGAAUUGAAGCUCGGCAACGUGAAGCAAGAACACAACGCCGCAAUGUCCCAGGAAUUGACGCCGACCGAAAUGAGGGAACGGCUGCGGUUCCUCGAGAAAGAAAAGCAAACGUACGCCAACUUGAAUCAGGAGAUCCGCACGAAACAGGACCAACUGGACAGUGCGAACAUGAGGCUGGAAAAAUUGAAGGAGCAAAACACGAGUCUCACACAAGACGUGAUGAAAUUACAGCAACAAUUGGAUGAGAUGAAAAAUCAACCAGGGGAUGCGCAAGGCUCGUCCAAUAGUAGUAUUGUUAAAAAGUUACACGAAGCGUUGGCGGCCAAAGAAAACGAAUUGCAGGUGUUACAGAGGAAGUACGACAGGAGUGUUGAGAAGGCGAAGUCGAUUAUUCAGCAACAAAACGAUCCGAAACCGAACGGCGGCAUUGAAGCUUCUCUGAGGCAGAGUCAGAUGAAGGAACUGGAAAGUAAAUUAAUAACGACAGCUUUCUAUAAGCUGGGAUUAACGUGUCAGAGAGAAGCUAUUGAUGAGAGACUAGCUGCUCUCAGUGCCGGACAAGGGCAGUCGUUCUUAGCCAGACAGAGACAAGCAACCCCAAGAAAAAAUAUACAGAGGUACAAGUCAAAGUAAUAAUAAUUUUAAUUGUUGUAUCAUAUGUGUUUUGUGAUGUGCAUAUGAUUUUUAUGCAAUAGGUUGUUAUUUAGUGAUAGCACUUUUAUCUAUAUUGAGCAGUAUCAGAUUUGAACAAU